GGCUAGGCGGGGUCAAGGGUGAAGGGUUGCUUCCGGCCGCACUUGGCGGCAUGGCUGGACGAGGCGAGCAGAGGACGAGGCCGUGCGGAGCAGCGCCGGGGCCCGCCGAGGACCAUGGAGCGGCCCCGGAGCGGGUUCUGUUCCCGCCCGCGUUCAGCGUGUCCGAGAUCAAGAACAAGCAGCGGCGGCACUUCAUGUUUCUGCGCUGGAAGCAGCAGCAGAGGAAGGAGAAGCUGGCAAAUAAGAAAAAGCGGAAGAAGGAGAGAGAGGUGCUGGGAGACCAGUGGCUCUCUUAGGCAGCAGGCUUGUGACGCAGUUGCUAUAACAGUCUUUGCUGCAGACAGCGGCAUUGCACCACCAAAGCCUGUGCCAAAGACAAUUGAAAACCAAAGAGUUUAUGAUGAAACAACUGUGGAUCCUAAUGAUGAAGAGGUUGCUUUCGAUGAAGCCACAGAUGAAUUUGCACCUUACUUCAAUAGACAGACAGUUCCCAAGAUUCUUAUCACAACAUCAGACAGACCUCGAGGGAGAACAGUAAGAUUCUGUGAACAGCUGUCUUCCAUUGUACCCAACUCACAUGUUUACUAUCGAAGAGGACUUGCUUUGAAAAAAAUUAUCCCACAGUGUAUUGCAAGAAACUUCACGGACCUAAUAGUUGUUAAUGAAGAUCGCAAAAUACCCAACGGUCUUGUUUUAAGUCAUUUGCCUGAUGGUCCAACUGCUCAUUUUAAAAUGAGCAGUGUUCGUCUGCGUAAAGAAAUAAAGCGAAAAGGGAAAGAGCCCACAGAACACAUACCUGAAGUAAUCCUGAAUAAUUUUACAACACGACUGGGACAUUCUGUUGGUCGCAUGCUUGCCUCUCUCUUUCCACACGAUCCUCAGUUCAUUGGAAGACAAGUUGCUACAUUUCACAAUCAGCGAGACUAUAUCUUUUUUAGAUUUCACAGGUAUAUCUUCAAGAGUGAGAAGAAGGUAGGGAUUCAAGAGCUUGGGCCACGUUUUACCUUGAAACUAAGGUCCAUUCAAAAAGGAACCUUUGAUUCCAAGUUUGGAGAGUAUGAGUGGAUUCACAAGCACCGUGAAAUGGAUACAAGUAGAAGAAAAUUCCAUCUAUAAUGGGAAGUGUGUUCUGGUUUUACCUGAUGAAUAGGAAUACCAAACUGCUCUUGAACUCUUUGCACCAAAUUAACAAGUUUGGAGCCCUGGAUCCUGUCAUCUCCAAUUAAUAAGCAGUGGUACUCAUUACUGAGCAUUAUUUUUACAGGUAGACAAAAACACACUUUCAGACUUUCCUGUGAGCAGUUGAAGAAAGAUGUCUUUUCAAAUGAGCAUAAACACUCUUAUUAAGUGCUACUGCCACUUAUUCAAAACUGAGAAGCUCUUCUGGAAUACGAGUAGGUUGCUAUAUAUGAAUUAUUGUCUUCAUUGUGACUCUUGCCUAGGGUUUUAGGGCCAGUACCAGUGCAAAGUUGUAAAUUCUGUAAUAACAGUUUGUUUUUAGAGUAA